UGCACACCACUGCAACCCCACAAAACACAAGUUUUAUCACCAAAAGAAGCAGAUCUGCCAAAGAUGGACAUCAGGCAAGAACGUUCAGACUAAACGCUGAGGAAAUUAAUCAGGCGGUGGCAUGUUGAUGGUCUUCCGUCUUCGGCGGCCGUGGCGGCGUUGAGGAUCCUUGGAGACAGAGGCCACUGCACUGCUCGCACUUGAUGCGAGCCUUGAUAGCAAUUUGCAAGCUUGCUUGGAUUGAUUACUAGAUCUACAGCCCCAGAUCUCCUAGCUCCAAGUCCAACCUGCAAGACAUACACUAGCUAUCAAGUCUGUCACUUAAAGAUAGGCCAAGAUGAACAUCGCUACAGGGGCAAUGAACACCCUCCUCCCCAAGCUUGCAGAGCUGGUGGUGGGCGAAUACAAGCUGCAGAAGGGUGUCAAGGGAGAGAUCAAGGAACUCGAGAAAGAGCUGACAUACAUAAGUGCAGCCCUCGAAAAGGUGUCUGAGGUGCCUGCAGACCAGCUUGAUAAGCAGGUCAAGAUCUGGGCCCGUGACGCGAGGGAGCUAUCCUAUGACAUCGAAGAUGCUGUUGACACCUUCAUGUUGCGUAGCAAGGGCCGCCAGCAAGAGGGCCAAGACACUUCCCGCCUCAAGGGGCUCAUUGGUAAGGCUGCCAAUUUGUACAAGAAGGCCAAGAAUAACCAUCAGAUCCACAACGUUGUCAAAGACAUCAUGGACCAGGUCAAGAAGGUCAGUGAGCGACGAGAGAGAUGGAAGGUUGACAACAAUGCUGCCGGACCAAGUUUGGUGCCUGAUGGUCCUCGCCUAGAAGCUUUGUACAUGAAGGCAACAGAGAUAGUUGGAAUUGAUGAGCCAAAGAAUGAGCUAGUCAAGAGGCUUAUGAAUGACGCCAGCACAUCGUUGCAGCAACCAAAUAUAAUUUCUAUCGUUGGAUUCGGAGGCUUGGGGAAGACAACACUUGCAAAUGCAUUGCUUGAGGACCAUAAAUCAAACUUUGAUUGCCACUUUAUUGUCUCGGUAUCCUUUAAUCCUAAUAUGAAGAACAUUUUCAAGAACAUUCUUGUCCAACUCGAUAAGAAUAAGUACGGCCACAUAGAUGAAGCAUGGGAAAUAAAUCUUCUCAUCAAUGAAAUAAUAGAUUUCCUCAAGAAUAGAAGGUGCUUGUGUGUGAUUGAUGAUUUAUGGGAAGAAAAGCCGUGGGAUACAAUCAAACUUGCUUUGCAGGAUGGUAACCAUGGAAGCAAGAUAAUCAUAACCACUCGCAAUAAGGCUGUUGCGGAAUAUGUUCGUGGUGGUAUUUAUGAACUAAAGCCUCUUUCUAAUGAUGACUCGAGAGAGUUGUUCUACAAACGGAUAUUUAAAUCUGCCGAUGAUUGUCCUCCUGAUUUGAGCAAAGUUACUGGAAAAAUCUUGAAGAAAUGUGGUGGCGUACCAUUAGCCAUUAUUACUACAGCAAGCUUACUAGCUAAUAAACCAAGGUGUUCAGUUGAAUGGGAGAAGGUGAAUAGUUCUAUCCGUUCUGGAUCUGAAAAUAGCCACCCUAUGGAAACGAUGAACACGAUAUUAAGAUUCAGUUACAAUGAUCUGCCUUUCCAUUUGAAAACUUGCUUGUUGUCUCUGAGCAAAUAUCCCGAGGACCAGAUGAUUAGAAAGGAUGUUUUGGUAUGGAGCUGGAUAGCAGAGGGUUUUAUUACACCUUCAGGGUCAAGCUUGCAGGAGACAGGGGAUGGUUACUUCAAUGAGCUUAUUAAUAGAGGCUUGAUACAGCCCAUCAACCACAAGCCCAUUGGCUUGUAUGAAGAGAUGGAUGUGUAUGCUUUCCAAUUACAUGACAUGGUGCUUGAGCUUAUUAUCAAGUUGUCAGCUGAAGAAGGCUUUGGUACCACUUUGUUGUUAGAUGGUGAGCAAGAAGGUGCAUCUUCGUUGCAUCAGAGGGAGAUCACCCGGCGGCUGUCCCUCCACAAUAGCAGUACCACCAAGGCCUCAAUAAAUGAAAGAAAAGAGCUGUUCAAAGUGAGGUCACUUGAUGUCUUUGGCCAUGCAGAUUUAAUGAUGCUGGCCCUUUCAAGAUUUCGUGUUCUACGUGUACUGCAGCUGGAGGACUGUUCUGGACUGGAUAAGAAUCAUCUGAAGGAUCUCUGCAAGUUGGACCUUCUGAAGUUUCUGCGGCUACAGGGUUUGAAAGUCACCGAGCUCCCCGAAAGUAUUGGCAUGCUGGAGUCACUAGAGACAUUGGACAUCAGAGGUAGCCAGCCAAUGACAAUAAUGUUGCCACUGUCUUUUGGUAAACUAGGAAAACUGGUCCGGCUACUUGCUGAUAGGGGGGAACUGCCGGAUAGUGUAGCUUUGAAGAAUAUGAAAUCUCUACAAGAGCUAGUAGGGGUACACCCUACCUUGCAUGUCAUGACAGAGAUCGGUAAACUGAGAGAGCUGAAGGUCCUCAAACUUGUCAUCAAGAGUGAACCCGAGAGAAAUACUGGCAACUUGGACGAAUUGAUACCCAUGUGCCUCCAGAUGUUACCCAGUUUGCAAGUAUUGGUGCUUGAAAGCCGGACGAAUUAUUCCUUGGAUUUCAUGGCACAGGUUCCUCCAGGUCUCCGAACUAUCAUGUGUUCGCCCUUCGCGACAUUCCCCAGAUGGAUUGAUCCGUCGCUCUCCUGUCUCACUGUAUUGUCCAUCAUGCUUAUUUGUGUGGCUGUCCAGCCUGAGCACCUUGAUAAGCUUGCUGAGUUGCCAUCUCUUCGCUUUCUCAGGAUACAAACAAUGUUCCCACACGGUGAGCAGAAAAAGCUCGUUAUUCCCAGCAGUCCAUCUUCAUUCCGGUGUCUAACAGAUCUUCAGAUUGGGAGCUGCGUCAUGUUUCUUAAGUUUCAACCUGGGGCUAUGCAAAAGCUCCAAAAACUCUGCCUUGACUUUAACGCGAGCUGGACCAAUUCGCAUUUUCGAACUUAUAACUUCGAUUAUGGAUUCGAGAAACUCCCUUCUCUCCAACAUGUCUUCAUUCGGUUAUCGAGGGGGGCGACAUUCCGCUGCUUCGCAGCCGAGGAUGCUAUUCGAAGGACACUUGAUGAUCAUCCCAACCAUCCGUUGCUCGAUAUUUCCCCAUAAGAAUUAAAGGAUGGAUCGGAAGCAGCGUAUGGGAUUUGUCGCUUCGCAUAUACUUGUUACGGGGUUAGAGGCUAAGUGGGUUACAUUUUCCAUGAAAUCUAUUGAUACAUUCACGUCACAUUCAAACUCUUUUAUGACCAUUCAUUGUGUGUUUCCAAUAAUUGCAUCAUGUACGUUUUUAUUUUGUUACGGAGGAUGGAUUAUCAGCGCGGCCUAUUUUGAACAUUUCAUCCACAAUAUUGUAUCUUAUCAAAUUUGAAG